GUCAACGUGAUGGGCAUGGCGGAGGAACCUGACUGGUCUGCCUACCGCUCACUCACUAUUGGUGCCGACUGUAGAUGAAUCCCUCUGGAAACAUCUGUAUGGAUUGUUUCAUUACAACCCCACAAUGCUUGGACUUGAGUCACUUCCAGAUCCUACAGAUACCUGGGAAAUUAUAGAGACCAUAGGUAAAGGCACCUAUGGCAAGGUCUACAAAGUAACUAACAAGAGAGAUGGGAGCCUGGCUGCAGUAAAAAUUCUAGAUCCAAUCAGUGAUAUGGAUGAAGAGAUUGAGGCAGAAUACAACAUUUUGCAGUUUCUUCCAAAUCAUCCCAACGUUGUAAAGUUUUAUGGGAUGUUUUACAAGGCGGAUCACUGUGUGGGAGGACAGCUGUGGCUGGUCCUGGAGCUGUGUAAUGGGGGCUCCGUCACCGAGCUGGUCAAAGGUCUACUCAGGUGCGGCCAGCGGCUGGAUGAAGCAGUGAUCUCAUACAUCUUAUACGGGGCCCUCUUGGGCCUUCAGCAUUUGCACAAUAACCGAAUCAUCCACCGUGAUGUCAAGGGGAAUAACAUUCUUCUGACAACAGAAGGAGGAGUUAAGCUCGUUGACUUUGGUGUCUCAGCUCAACUUACCAGUACACGUCUACGAAGAAAUACGUCUGUUGGCACCCCGUUCUGGAUGGCCCCUGAGGUCAUUGCUUGUGAGCAGCAGUAUGACUCUUCCUACGAUGCUCGCUGUGAUGUCUGGUCCUUGGGGAUCACAGCCAUUGAACUGGGGGAUGGAGACCCUCCCCUCUUUGACAUGCAUCCUGUGAAAACGCUCUUUAAGAUUCCAAGAAACCCUCCACCUACUUUACUUCAUCCGGAAAAAUGGUGUGAGGAAUUCAACCACUUUAUUUCACAGUGUCUCAUUAAGGAUUUUGAAAAGCGGCCUUCCGUCACGCAUCUCCUCGACCACCCAUUUAUUAAGGGAGUCCAUGGAAAGGUUUUGUUUCUGCAAAAACAGCUGGCCAAGAUCCUCCAAGACCAGAAGCAUCUAAAUCCUGUUGUUAAAACCAGGCACGAGAGGAUGCAUACCAGACGACCCUAUCGUGUGGAAGAUGCUGAAAAAUACUGCCUUGAGGAUGAUUUGGUCAAUCUAGAGGUUCUGGAUGAGGAUACAAUUAUUCAUCAGUUGCAGAAGCGUUAUGUGGACUUACUGAUUUAUACAUAUGUUGGAGACAUUUUAAUUGCCUUAAACCCCUUCCAGAAUCUAAGCAUAUACUCUCCACAGUUUUCCAGACUUUAUCAUGGAGUCAAACGUGCCUCAAAUCCCCCCCACAUAUUUGCAUCGGCAGAUGCUGCUUACCAGUGCAUGGUCACUUUCAACAAAGACCAGUGCAUUGUCAUCAGCGGAGAAAGUGGUUCUGGGAAGACGGAAAGUGCCCACCUGAUUGUUCAGCAUUUGACUUUCUUGGGAAAGGCAAAUAAUGAGACCUUGAGAGAGAAAAUUCUGCAAGUCAACUCUCUGGUGGAAGCCUUUGGAAAUGCAUGCACUGCCAUCAAUGACAAUUCCAGCCGUUUUGGAAAAUAUCUGGAAAUGAUGUUUACACCAACUGGAGCUGUGAUGGGGGCGAGAAUCUCUGAAUAUCUCCUUGAAAAAUCCAGAGUUAUAAAACAGGCAGCAGGAGAGAAAAAUUUUCACAUAUUUUAUUAUAUCUACGCUGGUCUUUAUCACCAAAAGAAACUUUCUGAAUUUAGACUUCCUGAGGAAAAGCCUCCUAGGUACAUAGCUGAUGAAACUGGAAGGGUGAUGCAUGACAUAACUUCCAAGGAGUCUUACAGAAGACAGUUUGAAGCAAUUCAGCAUUGCUUCAGGAUUAUAGGGUUCACUGACAAGGAAGUGCACUCAGUGUACAGAAUUUUGGCUGGGAUUUUGAAUAUUGGAAACAUUGAGUUUGCAGCUAUUUCUUCUCAACAUCAGACUGAUAAAAGUGAGGUGCCCAAUGCUGAAGCCUUGGAAAAUGCUGCUUCUGUUCUCUGCAUCAGCCCUGAAGAGCUCCAAGAGGCCCUCACUUCACACUGUGUGGUCACCCGGGGUGAGACCAUCAUCCGCGCCAACACCGUUGACAGGGCCGCAGACGUCCGAGAUGCCAUGUCCAAAGCCUUGUAUGGGAGGCUCUUCAGCUGGAUUGUAAAUCGCAUCAAUACACUCCUGCAGCCAGACAAAAACAUAUGCGCUGCUGACGGUGGUAUGAAUGUGGGGAUCUUGGAUAUUUUUGGAUUUGAGAACUUUCAGAGGAAUUCAUUCGAGCAGCUCUGCAUAAACAUCGCCAAUGAGCAAAUCCAGUACUAUUUCAGUCAGCACGUUUUUGCUCUCGAGCAGAUGGAAUAUCAGAAUGAGGGUAUUGACGCCAUACCCGUGGAGUAUGAGGACAAUCGCCCACUCUUGGAUAUGUUCCUCCAGAAACCCCUGGGACUGCUUGCACUGUUGGAUGAGGAAAGUCGGUUUCCCCAAGCAACUGACCAGACCCUGGUUGAUAAAUUUGAAGACAAUCUCCGGUGCAGAUACUUCUGGAGGCCCAAAGGGAUGGAGCUGUGCUUUGGCAUUCAGCACUAUGCUGGGAAGGUAUUAUAUGAUGCUUCUGGGGUUCUUGAGAAAAACAGAGACACUCUCCCUGCUGAUGUGGUUGUCAUACUGAGAACAUCAGAAAACCAGCUUCUUCAGCAACUCUUUUCAAUCCCUUUGACCAAAACAGGUAACUUGGCCCAGACAAGAGCCAGAAUAACAGCAGCCUCAAGAUCUUUGCCUCCGCAUUUCAGUGCCGGGAGACCAAAGGUAGACACUUUGGAAGUGAUACGACAUCCAGAGGAAACCACCAACAUGAAGGGGCAGACCGUGGCUUCCUACUUCCGGUAUUCUCUGAUGGAUCUGCUCUCCAAAAUGGUGGUCGGGCAGCCCCAUUUUGUACGCUGCAUCAAACCCAAUGAUGACCGAGAGGCCCUGAAGUUCUCCAGAGACAGAGUGCUAGCCCAGCUCCGCUCCACAGGGAUCCUGGAGACGGUCAGCAUCCGCCAGCAGGGGUAUUCCCACCGCAUUCUCUUUGAAGAGUUUGUGAAAAGGUAUUAUUACUUGGCUUUCAGGACACAUCAAACACUUCUUGCUAGCAAAGAGAGCUGUGUUGCUAUCUUGGAAAAAUCCAGAUUAGAUCACUGGCUGCUGGGGAAAACAAAGGUUUUUCUCAAGUAUUACCAUGUUGAGCAGUUAAAUUUGCUACUGCGGGAAGUCAUAGGCAGAGUGGUUGUGCUGCAGGCAUAUGCCAAGGGAUGGCUUGGAGCCAGGAGAUACAAAAAAGUCAGAGAGAAGAGAGAGAAGGGGGCCGUUGCCAUCCAGUCAGCCUGGAGAGGAUAUGAUGCUCGGAGGAAAUUUAAGAAAAUAAGCAACAGAAGGAGUGAGUCUGCUGUUCAUAUUCAAGAAGGGCGCCCUUCAGACCAGAACCAUGACCUGCAUCCCGCUGUCGCAGCAGGCACCAGAGGAACCGUCCAGGUUCAGGAUGGCCGUGAGCCUGGCAACCACAAAGUUCUGAGGGGCUCUAUAGACCAUAAAAGCAGUCCACAAGCAGAAUCCAACAAUUGCCAUGCAGAGACUUCAAGCUACUCUCCUGCUAUUACUGAGAAAAACUGGCAUUCACAAGCCCAGAGUUCUUCAAAAGGGUACAAUGUCUUCGCAGGACAUUCAGUUAAGCACCCUGUUUCUGGGACUGGUUCACUGUCUUCUCGGACUUGCCAUGCUGCUCCAGACCACCCAGGACUGAGUCCCUCCAGAGGAGCCCCUGCAAAACCUGAUUCAAAAAAUGAUCUUGCACAGAAGCAGCGUACACCUCGCCGAAGAUGUCAGCAGCCCAAAAUGUUGAGUAGCCCUGAGGACACCAUGUACUAUAACCAGUUAAAUGGAACUCUAGAAUAUCAAGGGAGCAAGAGGAAGCCAAGAAAACUUGGCCAAAUCAAAGUGCUUGACAGGGAAGAUGAAUAUUACAAGUCACUGUCACCUGUGGACUCUAUCCCUGAGGAUGAUUCAACCCACCCUUUCUUCUUUCCCUCAUCCUCAAAAGGAGCAUCUUUUGCUCAGCACUGAGCUGUACUUCCUGCCCCUAAGUCUGCUGAGGCAUCAUGGCUCUGUGGCUGAGUGUCCCCAUCCUGGAGGGCUACGCUCAAGGGCUCUGAGGCAAGGAUAAUGAUUUGUGUUUACGAGGAGAGGCCUGAAUCUUUCAGUUUCUUCCUGUAAGGCAAAUGAACCCUCUCUUGCUAAUUAUUACGCUGAUAAAGGCUUUGCCCCUUGAUUCUGCCUUACCAAGACAGCCCCAUCACCUUUGCAGUAAAAAGAAAGGAGUGAGACAGAAAGUUUGGACCUGUCAGAGUCCGUGUCACAUUGUUUUGUAACUUUCCAUUCUCGCGUUGGCUGUCUCCACAAGGCUCUGAGUAGCAGCAGAGGAAGCUUUUUUUGGGCACAGAACCUAGCACAGUGCCUGGCACACUGUAGACAUCCAGUGACUACCCACCCUUCAGUGAGUGAGAGACUUAGUUACACAAACAUAUCUGGAUGGGAGAGGUAUAGCUUAGUGGUAAAGUGCAUGCCUGGCAUGCACAAGGUCCUGGGAUCAAUUCCCAGUACCUCUGUUUAAAAAAAUAGAUAAAUAAACCCAAAACUACCUCCCCCCAUUAAAAAAGCUUUUCAAAGAAAGAAAAGAAGAACAAACAUAUCUGACAGGCAAGUUACUUUCUAUUAUGUUAUACAUGAUGAAUCACUUUUCUUAUACCAUAAGCUCUGAUUUUUCAUUGAAGUUUGGGCUAGUCCUAUUGUUAUGAUAUUAUAUCAUGUUUUACUUAAUGUGAUUCAAUACAACAAACUUUUUUUGAGUAACUGCUCUGUGCAAAACAAUAUGUGAGAUUGCUGUGUGAUGUCAAAACCUAACAAGACCCUUUCUCUGGAAAAGAUGUUCCUAACAUUUUUCUUACUAUAAAAUAUUUGGCAGAUACUACACAUGGGAGUACCAGAUUUUAAGAAAAAUAAGCUUGAAGAAAUAGAAAAAAAUUGUUAGAAUUUUAAAUGAGAGUUCUAAGAAGCAUUUUACAAACAUAAAUAAUGAAAUGAGACAUUUAAAAAUCUCAGUGAUUGUAAUUUUACUAGAAAAAGAAAUACUGUCAAUCAUUCAGUAGUUAAAUGUAGUAGUUUUUUUUAAAAAAUGAAUCUUGAUUUUUUUUCUAGAUCUUUAUCCCCCAAGGUACAGCUCACAAGAUAUGCAAGUAGAGCAGAAGCCCAAAUAAAUUUUAUUUUAUUGUUUAGAAAAUAGUAUCUAGAAUGUAUAGAUUUUUAGCAUUAUUAUUAAUAUAAGUGUUUUUGGAAAUUUCACUUUUAUCAUUGAUUCAUCUGCUUUUGAUUUGGUAACAUAGCUGCCUUUUCAAACUGUUGAAUAUAAAUAUUCCUAACUUCCCAGUUGUCCAUAUACAAUGUAAUUGUAUACCUGCCUUGUUUCUAAUUAAAAUAAAUCUAUAAAUAAAGUAUAAUAGG